CUCUUCCUCUCUCCUCCUCUACCAAGAAAUCAUCGUCUUCAUCUUCUUCAUCUUCUUCAUCUUCAUCUAUCAAGAUCGAUCCUUUUUGCUAAAUCGUCCUUCAAUUUGCUCAAAGAUUCUUAAUUUCUUCGUGAGCAGAGAGAUGGACGCUGAUUCCAAGAGAUUUCUAGCUACGCUUCGAUCCCGAUCUGAAAUGUUAAUGGGCUUUGAAGAAAUAGAUGGAGAUGAUGAUUUCCAGGAGGAGUUUGCUUGCCCGUUCUGCGCAGAGUCAUAUGAUAUCAUUGGUUUGUGCUGUCACAUAGAUGACGAACAUACUUUAGAGUCAAAGAACGCGGUAUGCCCUGUUUGCUCUCUAAAAGUGGGAGUUGAUAUCGUAGCGCACAUAACGCUUCACCAUGGGAGUUUAUUUAAGUUGCAGCGAAAGAGGAAGUCACGGAAAAGCGUUACCAAUUCAACACUUUCAUUUCUUCGGAAAGAACUAAGAGAAGGAGAUCUACAGAGGUUGUUAGGAUUUACUUCUCGUAAUGGUUCUGUUGCAUCAAGUGGAACUCCUGAUCCUCUCCUGUCGUCGUUUAUAUCACCUACACGAUCACAGAUUUCUCCUGUGACGCGCCAAACCAGAAAAGUAUCCGAGGAGAAACAGAUGGAGCGCAAGAGACAAGUAUGCAUCUCACCCGUCUCAUCAAAAGACCGAGAAGAGAGGAGGCAAAAGUCAGACUUUGUUCAGAGGCUCUUGUCAUCAGCCAUUUUCGAUGAGGUCUGAUCAAAGCAAAUACAAAGAUCGAGAACGCAAAAGGAAACUAAAUCUGCAGAAUACAGACUUCAGAGAAUUUGGUUUCAAGAAAAAGAGUGGUUGUGAUGAAGAGAAGAAGAAGAAGAAGAGCGAGAUGAAGCUAUGUUAUCUAUAUCUAUGUAAUAUGUAUUGUGUAUGUUUUAAGUAUGAAACCAGAAGAAGAUGUUACUGAAUACAUUGCGUAGAACUGUGUUUUUCUAAAGAUAAGAGGAAGAAGAAUAAGUUUUCUCGUAUGUAGUAGCAUAAUCCAAAUGGUUUUACUUAUGUUUA